GCCUCCCCUUGCAGUUGGAAGGAAGCAUGUGAUUGGUUGAGCAGGCUCAGCCUAGCAGGCCUUAUCUCCAGCCUGUUAUUAUUUAAUGAGCGAGCCUUCCUCCUCCUGUGGUGUUUCAAAACCGUGCUGAGAGUAUUUGCUGUUGCCAGGAGGCUGUCUCUGAGGUUACCGAAGAGCACCCGAAGUCCUCUAGCUCCAGGCCCACGCACAAGCCCACGGAAGAGCUUUGUACUCAUCCACAGUCGGGGUUGUCUUCUCCAGAAACUUGGUCGGCUUUGCUCAUCAACUGAUCGCGAAUAACCCUCCAAGCACCGGAGUCAAGGAGACAGCACAUGAUUUGGGAGUUACAUUCUGUGACAUGGAUGAAUCUGCAUCGACACUUAGCACGAUAGAUGUUUCGUAUGUGCCACAUUCAUCAGAAUACAGUCUUGGUCGAUGUAAACACAUGAGUGAGGAAUGGGCUGAGUGUAGCUUCAGAUCUACCUUCUUCAGAUCUGCAACCCUAAAAUGGAAAGAAAGCCUGAUGAGCCGGAAGAGGCCGUUCGUUGGAAGAUGUUGUUACUCAUGCACUCCCCAGAGCUGGGAAAAAUUUUUCAACCCCAGUAUCCCUUCUCUGGGUUUGCGGAAUGUUAUUUAUAUCAAUGAAACUCACACAAGGCACCGAGGAUGGCUUGCAAGACGUCUUUCUUAUGUUCUUUUUAUUCAAGAGCGGGAUGUCCACAAGGGCAUGUUUGCCACCAGCGUGACAGAGAAUGUGCUGAACAGCAGCAGAGUACAAGAGGCAAUUGCUGAAGUGGCUGCUGAACUGAACCCAGAUGGUUCUGCCCAGCAGCAGUCCAAAGCUGUCCAGAAAGUGAAAAAGAAAGCCAGAAAGAUCCUUCAGGAAAUGGUUGCCACUGUCUCACCAGGGAUGAUCAGACUGACUGGGUGGGUGCUGCUAAAACUGUUCAACAGCUUCUUCUGGAACAUUCAGAUUCACAAGGGUCAACUUGAGAUGGUUAAGGCUGCAACUGAGACAAAUUUGCCACUUGUAUUUCUACCAGUCCACAGAUCUCACAUUGACUACCUGCUGGUCACUUUCAUUCUCUUCUGCCAUAACAUCAAGGCACCAUAUAUUGCUUCUGGCAAUAAUCUCAACAUCCCAAUCUUCAGUACCUUGAUCCAUAAGCUUGGGGGCUUUUUCAUACGACGGAGGCUAGACGAGACACCAGAUGGACGGAAAGAUAUUCUCUAUAGAGCUUUGCUGCACGGGCACAUAGUUGAACUACUUCGGCAGCAGCAGUUCUUGGAGAUUUUCCUGGAGGGCACACGCUCCAGGAGCGGCAGGACCUCCUGUGCUCGGGCAGGACUCCUGUCAGUGGUGGUGGACACUCUGGCUACCAAUACCAUCCCGGACCUCUUGGUGAUACCUGUUGGGAUCUCCUAUGAUCGGAUAAUCGAAGGUCACUACAACGGCGAACAACUGGGUAAACCUAAGAAAAAUGAGAGCCUUUGGAGUGUAGCAAGAGGUGUUAUUAGAAUGUUACGAAAAAACUAUGGAUAUGUCAGAGUGGAUUUUGCACAACCAUUUUCCUUAAAGGAAUAUUUAGAAAGCCAGAGUCAGAAACCUGUGUCUGAUCCACUCACUCUGGAGCAGGCGUUGUUACCAGCUAUACUUCCUUCACGACCCAAUGAUGCUGCUGCUGAAGGUGCGGAUAUGUCCAAUAACGAGUCCCGAAAUGCAGCAGAUGAAUCCUUCCGGCGGAGGCUGAUUGCAAAUCUGGCUGAGCACAUUCUGUUCACUGCUAGCAAGUCCUGUGCCAUUAUGUCCACACACAUUGUGGCCUGCCUGCUCCUCUACAGACACCGGCAGGGGAUUGAUCUCUCCACAUUGGUAGAAGACUUCUUUGUGAUGAAGGAGGAAGUUCUGGCUCGGGAUUUUGACCUGGGAUUCUCCGGAAAUUCUGAAGAUGUUGUCAUGCAUGCUAUACAGCUGCUGGGAAAUUGUGUUACAAUCACGCACACCAGCAGGAAUGGUGAAUUUUUUAUUACUCCCAGCACAACUGUCCCAUCAGUCUUUGAACUGAACUUCUACAGCAACGGGGUGCUUCAUGUCUUUAUCAUGGAGGCCAUCAUAGCCUGCAGCCUGUACACAGUUAUGAACAAGAGGGGCUCAGGAGGGCCCUCCGGUACCUCUGGCAGCAUGGUCAGCCAGGAGCAGCUGGUGCGGAAGGCCGCCAGCCUGUGCUAUCUGCUCUCCAAUGAAGGCACCAUUUCUCUCCCCUGCCAGACUUUUUACCAAGUUUGCCAUGAAACAGUGGGAAGGUUUAUUCAGUAUGGCAUUCUUACAGUGGCAGAGCAAGAUGAGCAGGAAGAUAUCAGUCCUGGUCUUGCAGAGCAGCAGUGGGACAAGAAGCUUCCUGCACCAUUGUCUUGGCGAAGUGAUGAAGAAGACGAAGACAGUGACUUUGGUGAGGAGCAGCGAGAUUGCUACCUGAAGGUGAGCCAGUCCAAGGAGCACCAGCAGUUCCUCACCUUCCUGCAGAGGCUCCUGGGGCCCUUGCUGGAGGCCUACAGCUCGGCUGCCAUCUUCGUCCAUAACUUCAGCGGUCCUGUUCCGGAGCCAGAAUAUCUGCAGAAGCUGCACAGAUACCUACUGACCAGGACAGAAAGAAAUAUUGCAGUUUACGCUGAGAGUGCCACGUACUGCCUCGUGAAGAAUGCCGUGAAAACGUUUAAGGGUGUCGGGGUUUUCAAAGAGACCAAGCAAAAGAGAGUAUCUGUUUUGGAACUGAGCAGCACUUUCCUACCUCAAUGCAACCGGCAGAAACUCCUAGAGUAUAUUCUGAGUUUUGUGGUGCUGUAGGUAAUGGGUGGCACCCCUGGCAAGUGCAGGGCUGGAGCCGAGUCCCUCGCGUGCUCAUCCUCCGGCCUCAGGGCUGCAGGUGCCGUCUGACCGGGCCCACCCCGUCCCCGUCCCGAGGUGACCUUCAGAAGACAAGUGCCUUCUCCCGCUGCGGACCGCGCUCUUCCUGGCCUGAGACCUGCAGCGGCCCGCAGACCACUCUGGGGGCCCUCAGCCCCCGUCUGCAGCUCAUAAUCAGUAGGUUCCUAGAUGAAAUCUCAAUAAAUUAUUUUGAAGUUUAUUAAAGACUUACAUUUUAAGUGCAAGUCUUAUGGACUAACUGCUCUGAUGGACACAGAGACGUACACUAGAACUCUAGAACUGGACCUUGUGUCGGAUUCGCGAUGCUGUUGGGUGAUUCAUUGGUGUAUUUUCUGAUUAAUGGUUAACGUUUCCUUUUCACAGUAGUCGAAUCAUCCAUUCACUCUUUUCCAAUUUCAUCUGCUAUUGACGGCUAAAUUCUGAGUGGGAGCCCUGUUCUUCCCAAAAUGCUUUGCAGAGGAAUGGGCUGAGAGACGCUGCUCCCAGACGUACUGUGCUGUUGUUCUCUGCAGUCAGAUUGAGAAAACAUUUUAAGAGCUACACGAAAACGGUUAGUAUUAAUUUAGGUCAGGAACUGAGAUAUUGUGAUUCAGUAGUUAACGUUGGGUGGUAAAUUUGGCCGGCAAAAUUGAAGGUAAAGUUGGCCAGAAAAUCGGUACUGAAAACUGUUGCUCAUAGAAAAAAGUGCCAUUGAAUUUUAAAUGACCAGCAAGUAUUUAAAAACUCUUCUGUUGGGCCCGGGAUUUAGCUCAGUGACGCCCGUGCCUGCCGCAUAAGUGCAAGGCCCUGAGUUCGGG